UUUGAAAGCUGAUGGUUGGUAUAACUUAAGUAAUAGUAUGUCUACUUUUAAAAUAAGAAAUAAAAAUAUUGCUAAUUUUUAAUUAUUAAUGUUAAACGAUGAUUAAGUUACCUUUAGUUUUUAAUACGUAAGGGUUUAAUUAAUAUCUGAUUAAAAUAAGUAAACAAUAGGUACACUAAUUUUAAUAUAAUAUAGAUUAAAAUAAAUCCAUAAUAUAUUAAUAAAUAAAAGUAAAAAAAGUGAAAGUAAAAUAGAACAAAAAAAAAAAUAAAUGGAAGGAGCGAAGAGUUUUUUGAUAAAAAUAGAUAGUUUUGGAAAAACAAUAAAUAUCUACUAUAAGAACUAAUAAGUUUACAGAACUUUAUUUGGAGGAAUUAUGACUCUUAUCAUAUGGGCUUUUUGUGGAGUGUUAUGCUAUUUUUUUGGAAACUAGCUUAUUAACAAAUAGAAUCCACAAGUUAUUACUACUGAGCGUUAUGUUUAAUAAGCUAAAAGAAUAAAUGUUACAAGAGACAAUCUUAUAUUUAUGUUCGGGUUGGAUAACAUUAAUUCUACUUUUUUUCUAGAUCCAACACUAUUUUAGUUUAGAGCUGUUUAGUUAGUAAAACAGACAUCCAUAAAUAACUAAACAGGUGAGCCUGUAAUAACUUUGGUCCCAUAUAAUCUGACUAUGAAGGUAUGUGAUAUGGGUGAUGUAGGAAUACCUUCUGCAUAUAAUUAUUUUGAUUCACUAGAUGUUAGUCUUUUGUAUUGUUUUAGUCAAGGUUAGGAUAUCUACAUGGAAGGUGAUUUUGACUCUGAUAACUUUGCUUAGAUUUAUGUUUAUAUAGAUAAAUGUCAGAACAGCACUAGUAGCAAUACUAUAUGCUAACCUAAAGAGAUAAUAAACCAACAGCUUUCACAAACGUAUUUAAGCUUUUAUUUUACUAAUCUUUUAGUAGAUCCUAAUAACUACGAAUAACCAUUCUAACAUUAAGGAAUGAAUUUAUAUACUUCUACUUCUUCAAGUUUUCCAAAAGAAUUUUAACUCUAUUUUACCAAUUAAUAUCUUCAAGAUGAUGUUGGGAUAUUAUUCAGUGAGAUUGUUGAACAGCAUAGCAUUAUUUACACAAAUUAUUAAGAAACAACAUUCUUUGGUGAUGACCAAACACUUGUGCGCAUUUUAUUAAGAAUUUAAAAGUAGAAGGAAAAUUUAAUGCAGAGAAGGUAUUAAAAAAUAUAAGAUGUAUUACCACAAAUUAUUGGGUUCUUAAAAUUGAUGACUUUUGGCUUAUCUCUUAUCGUAAACCCUAUAAUUAAUCUAAAGAUGUAUUAAGACCUCGGAGAAAAUAUUUUUGUAAAUGAGCAACCAAAAAAAUUAUCUAUGAAUCAUGCAAAACUUUUAAAAAAAGCAAAAUAGAAAUAUGAGAAAAACUACAAUAAGUAAAUUAGUUAAAAUUGUGAUGAAAACGAUGAACCUUAAUUUCAAAUGAGUCCUGUAAUUUAUCUAGCAAAUUCCUCUUCUGUUAAAAAUAAAUUAGGAAACGAUUCAGAACAUAAAUUAAAUCGAUUAAGUUUUAAAAAAAAAAAUUCAUACUUUUUUUCAAAUUUUGAUGAUUAAAGAGGUUUAUUUUCCCCAAAAUUAGAACUCAAUAAAACUGCCUAAGCUGAUAAUUUUGAUGACGUUGAUGAAGAAAAGCAAUCAUAAAUUAGUCCAGUAAUUAGUUAAAAGCAGUUAUCUAUAAAUAGAAAUAAGUUAAGAUUGUAAUAAAAAUUAUAAUCACCUCAACACAGGUAUAAUAAAAAAACAUCAUAUUAUGAUUCAAGUUUUUUGGGGGAAUAAGCAAAUAGACCUCAUUUUUCUCCAUAAGCUAAAUUUAAAAAAGAUGUUGAUAUAUCAAAUUUUAUAUAUUCACCAUAAUCACCAUAAUCAAUUGAUCAGAAAAUCUAAAAUGAUUAAGAAAAUUACCAAAAUACAAAUACUUUUAUCGCAGAGUAACAGCCAUAUUUAAAGAAUAAUUUUAAAAUUAAAAUUAACGAAAUAGAAAACAAUAAAUUAGUAGAAAGUCAAUUUUAGGAUAUAAAUCCAAUUACAAUACAAACAGAUGCAAUUGAAUAGUAAAAACCUUAGAAUCGCAUUUAAAAAAAGCAGAAGUUUUCGUUCAGUUUAAAACACUAUAUUAUGAUGGUUUUUUGUAAUAAAAAAAUGAAAAAUGAAAGUGCAGCUAAAAUGAAAUAUGGAAUUAAAUCAAUUCAAAAGCAAUUAGAUAUAAUUUACAUAAUAAGUAAAUUACAAGAAAUAGAUAAAUUGAAAUCAGUUAUUUUGGAUGAAGAUUAACUCAAACUAUUUAAUAAUAUUUCUAAACCCAUUCUUUCAGGCAAGCAGAAGCAAUAAGAAACAGAUUCGAAUUAAUAAAAUGUUUAAAAACCUAAUAUUUAUGAAAGCACAGUUUUGAUAAAUAGUAUUUAUCAAUUUACAAAAGAAUACAAAUAAUAUAACCAAAAAAAAAUUGAUGAAAAAAAGUAGCAAUCCGAAAACUUAUAAGCUCUUUAAAAUAUACUUGAAAAGCAAAAAUUUUCUUAAAUUGAUAAAAGACUUAUAGAGUUAAAUUAUGAAAAUCUAAAUAUUGAUAACAUGCAGGUUCAAUUAGAGUGAUUCCUCUGAAAUUAAGCUCAUCAUUUCACAUAAAAUUUUUACAAUUAUCAGUAUCAUUAUAUCUGGUAAUUUUAUAAAAGCAGGAAGCUAAAAAUAAUUUUUAUAAAUAAACUAAAAUAUUUUUAAAUAAUAAUUUUUGUGCUUUUAUUUACUAGAUGAUAAAAUAACCAUCA